AUGGCUGUACAACGAGCAACACAGAGCGCAAUCAAGGUACGAGGCAUCGGCAGUGUUGAGCUGGCUCACGAUGAUCCUAUUCCCAGUCCACGAGCCGGUGAGGUUCUGGUUCAGGUUGUCUCUAUUGGCAUUAACCCACACGACUGGAAAGUGCUUGAUAUGUCGCCGUCAGUGGGAUCGACGUGGGGAUGUGACUUUGCGGGCAAGGUCGUGGCCGUUGGCAGUGACAUCGCCAGCGAUUUGCGUCCUGGUGACCGCGUUUGCGGUGCGAGCGAGGGAUCGUUUGCUGAGUUCAUGAUUGUCCCAGAAGGUCUCGUAUACAAGAUGCCUCCCAGCAUGGCCUUUGAAGAGGGCGCAACGCUUGGAGUUGGCUUACUCACAAUUGGCCUCUCGCUCUUUCACUUCCUAAAAGUCCCAUUGCCAUUCGCCACAGAGCCGCAGCCUGGGCAAUAUGUACUUGUCUACGGAGGAGGCACAGCUACCGGCACUCUGGCCAUCCAGGCUUUGAAGCACGCGGGCAUGAAACCCAUUACUACUUGCUCUCCGAAGAAUUUCUCACAUGUCAAGAGCUUGGGUGCAGUCGAAGCCUGGGACUAUCAUUCUCCGUCCUGUGGGACAGACAUCCGAGAAUUCACUGAAAACAACCUGACUCUUGCGCUGGACUGCAUCACGGACAGUGAAAGUAUGAAAAUUUGCUAUACAGCCAUUGGUAACCAAGGCGGUAAAUAUGUGGGAUUGGAUCAAUUCCCCAUCCGAGGCCACACUAGGCAAGACAUACGACCAGACUGGAUCAUCUGCUUCACAAUGAUGGGCGAGCCUAUUAACUGGAAGAAGCCUUACAAUCGCGGCGCCAAGCCAAAACACAAGGCCUUCUACUACCAGACGUGGAGGCCAAUUGCUCAAAGAUUGCUGGAUGAGAGCAUGAUAACUGCUCAUCCCACCGAGAUUUGUGACGGUGGGCUCGCAGCAGUAACUGAUGGAGUUGACAGAGUGCGCAAGGGUUUGGCUGGAGGGAAAAAGUUGGUGUACCGCAUUUCUGACCCGUAG